AUUUAGUUAACGCCGUCUUCCCCAGAGUUUCUGAAGAAACACAUUACUACUACACCUUUUGCUCAUCCAAACAUGUCAUCAAUCUCCUUAAAUUCAUAACACUUCCAUUGUAAAAAUUACAGCUUUAUGCUCAAAAAUGUCAACUCAAAACUUUUACAAAACUGUAAAACAACUUUUUCCCAAAAAACCAAGUCAAGAAAUUGCCAAAUUGAUCUCCAAUACACUAAUAAAUUCCAGUUCUACAAAUGAAAUACCCCCUUCUUUAAUUUCCAAACUUAAUCCCCAAAUAACCCAUCUUGUUCUUUCUAACCCAUUAGUCCCUAUACAAUCUUGUUUAAGUUUCUUUAAAUUUCUCCAAAAAAACCAAUCUUUAAGUCACCAAAAACCCAAUCUUGAAGCACAUAUAGCUUUGGUUUUGAGACUGUUUAAAGCCAAGAGAUUUGCUGAAGCUAAGAGUAUAUUGAAUGUUGUUGCUGCUAAUGAUGGUAUGAUAAAACCAAUUUUAGAAAUAGGUUCUUUGUUUAGUGAGAAUCAUGUAGAACAUAAGGUUAUAGGGAAGAUUCUUGAUAUGUUGUUUAGGGUUUAUGUUGAUAAUAUGAGGUUUAAGGAAGGUUUAGAGGUUUUUGAGUACAUGAGGAGUGAGGGGUUUGAGAUUGAUGAUAGAGCUUGUAUGGUUUAUUUGCUUGCUAUGAAAAGGCGAAAACGAUAUGAUUCGUUGGUUGAGUUUUUCGAAAAGAUGGUUGAAUUUGAUGUGAGAAUUACUGUUUAUUCGAUGACAAUGGUGGUUGAUGUGUUGUGUAAAAUGGGGCAGGUUUGUAAGGCAAGAAAGAUCAUGGAUGAAAUAAUGGUUAGUAAAGGGGUGAAACCGAAUGAGUAUACUUAUAACACAUUAUUAGAUGGUUAUAUGAAGAAGUUAGAUUUUGUGGCUAUAAAGGAGAUUUUGAUGACAAUGGAGAAAGAGGGGUUGGAUCUUGAUGCGACGAGUUAUACUCUUUUGAUUGAAGGGUAUUCUAGUUUUGGAAAUCUUAAAGAGGUUGAGAGGUUGUUUAAGGAAAUAGAAGGGAAAGGCAUAGAGCCAGAUGUUCAUUUAUAUACAUCUAUGAUUAGUGGUUGUAGUAAGUUAGGUAAUGUGAAAAAAGCAUUUUCGUUGUUUGAUGAAAUGGUGGAGAGGGGCCUUGUUCCGAAUGCUCACACGUAUGGAGCUUUGAUAAAUUGCUUGUGCAAGGCUGGACAGAUGCAAGCAGCUGAAGUUUUACUUAAUGAGAUGCAAAGUAAAGGUAUUGACAUAAGUCGAGUUAUAUUUAAUACGAUGAUGGAUGGUUACUGUAAGCAAGGUAAUAUAGAUGAAGCAUGGAGGCUGCAGAGAAUUAUGGAGGGCAAAGGACAUGAGUCUGAUGUAUAUGUUUAUAAUAUAAUUGCUACUGGAUUGUGUAAGUUAGAUCGGCGUGAGGAAGCAAAGACGUGGUUGCUUUCGAUGGUGGAUCGAGGCUUAGCUCCAAAUGAAGUUGCUUAUACAACUUUGAUCGAUAUUUAUUCUAAGGAAGGAAAUUUUGUUGAAGCAAAAAGGAUACUUCGAGAGAUGGAAUCUAAAGGAGUUAAGGCUAAUACAACAACGUACAAUGCCCUAAUAGAUGGUUAUUGCAAGAAAGGUAUGAUGAAGGAAGCAUAUAGGCUAAAAAUUGUUAUGGAAUCUAAGGGCCUGAUACCUGAUCGUUAUACAUACACCUCACUUGUACAUGGGGAAUGCAUAUCAGGAAAGGUAGAUAAUGCUCUGAAACUUUUCAACGAGAUGCCUACAAAGAGUUUAGUUCCGAAUGUGGUGACUUUCACAGUAAUGAUUUCUGGCUUAUCGAAAGAGGGCAGAUCAGAUGAAGCCUUCAGAUUAUAUGAUGAGAUGAUAGAGGCAGGACUUACACCUGAUGCUAGUGCAUAUUCUGCUCUUGUGGGCAGUCUUCAUAGUUGACGUUUAUUUAGUUAUUCUUAGCGAUGAGAUGAAAUGUAGAGAAUAUGAUCAGGGGAGGUUCAGGAAUGGGAGGAGGAGGAUUAAAUCCAUUUGGUGGAGCAGUGGUAGCUAUAUAUAUAUAUAUAUAUAUAUUCCACUUUGAAGGAGGAGUGUUUCCUGGUAUUGGAUUUGGCGAGUUCGCUGGUAGUAGAUAUAGUGUUUAUGGCCUUGAUGGAAUUUGUCGUCAUACUUGACUAAGAAACUCCAACUUGCUUGGGAUUGAGGCGUAGUUGUUGUUGUUGUUGCUGCUCAACUAAGAAACUCAUAUAGCCACCUUUGAUAUAGAGUGCAGAGAAGUAUGCUCUUACGAUCUUUCCCUUGAAGUUUUGUUUUGCCAAUAGCUUUCUCCUUAUGAAAUAUUAAGUUAAGUUGCUGUUGAUUGAACGCAACAAACCUUGUUUCGGACCUAUAACAGGUUCAUUUGUAGACUGGCUAGGUAGGCUGGUACAAUGUGUAGCAAAUAACUCAGGGCCGCUUGUGAUAUAUAUAUAUCUGACCAACUACAAGGAGAGUGCAGCACAGCAUGAACAUGCUGUUACGAUCUGUCCCUUGAAGUUUUAUUUUCGCGACAAAAGACUCCUCAUUCGGACCUAUAACAGGUUCAUUUGUUGUGCAAGCGAUAUGUUAUUACUUUAUUGAAUAGAUUUCAGAAGCCAAGUGGUGAAAAGAGUGCAUAUUAAGUACUCUAUUUGUUGUCCAUUCUAUACUAGUUUACAUAAUUUCAAAAAUUAUUAUUCUCUGUAUCCCCUCAGAAGGAAACGCAGUUUAGUUCUUUAAACCAAGACAACCAAAAGUGAACAGGAACACUCAGAUUUUGUUCCUGCAAUAUGUGACGGGAAGAAUCGUUGUUUCAAGCGACAAGUGGGUCUCUCCUCCUGGCAGACUAAGUCGGCGUUGCUUUUGAAAGAUUUGUAAGCUACCCUUUUAAUCCUUUCCAGUGUGCCAAAAAGAAAAGAAGAUAAGUGGGAUU